AUGGAUAGAUGCAAACAUGUUGGGCGGCUACGACUCGCCCAGGACCACUCUAUCCUGAACCCCCAGAAGUGGCACUGCGUGGACUGCCAGACAACUGAAUCUAUUUGGGCUUGUCUGAAGUGCUCCCAUGUAGCCUGUGGAAGGUACAUCGAGGAGCAUGCACUUAAACACUUUGAAGAAACCAGGCAUCCAUUGGCAAUGGAAGUUAACGAUCUGUAUGUCUUUUGUUACCUUUGUGAAGAUUAUGUCUUGAAUGAUAACCCAGAGGGUGAUUUGAAAUUGCUGAGAAGUUCUCUGUCAGCAAUUAGAAGUCAAAAACAUGAUCCGUCAACCAGAAGUGGCAGGACAUUGCGAUCAAUGGCUUUGGGAGGGGACAUGUGCAGCCAUCAAAGGAGCCCUCAGGGACAAUCUCAGAUGCUUACAGCUCUCUGGCACAGGCGCCAGUCCUUGCUCGCAAAGGCGCUGCGGACCUGGUUUGAUAAGAGCUCUAGAGGCCAGCUAAAAUUAAAGCAAAAGAAACAAACGGAGGAGUUGGAGAAAAAGAAGGAGGCAGCUAGGCAACGGCGGCAGGAGAUGAAGAGACAACUCCUGGAGGAGCUGGCAAACACUCCUCCAAGGAAGAGUGCGAGGCUGUUGUCACAUGUGCACAGGGAGAACUUGAUUCCAAGGAAAUUCAGGGAGGUGGCAACCGCUUCCCCUACCUCAAGGCAGAUGCAGAGCAGCAGAUUCAAACAGUUCUAUUCCAUCCGGCGUAAGCCUCUGAUGACUCCUGGAGUAACGGGUCUAAGGAACCUGGGAAACACAUGUUACAUGAAUUCUAUUCUGCAAGUGCUAAGUCACCUCCAGAAAUUUAGAGAAUGCUUUUUGACACUUGAUCUCUGUGAAACAGAAGAACUCUUAGCCAAAACUGUGAAUGGGAAGUCUAGGAUGCCUGGCAAAUUGGCAAAUGGGUCUGCUGCUAAUGAGUCAGGGAAGACUGACAAAGUGGGAUCAUAUGGCAUGCAGAGCUUGCCAGCUGGCUUAAAUGGUGGCUCCUCAAUAAGCAGGAGUUUAGAACUAAUACAGCCCAAGGAACCCAGUUCAAAGCACAUCUCCCUCUGUCACGAAUUGCACACCCUCUUCAGAGUGAUGUGGUCUGGCAAGUGGGCGCUCGUGUCCCCUUUUGCCAUGCUGCACUCUGUGUGGAGUCUGAUCCCGGCAUUUCGAGGUUACGAUCAGCAGGACGCUCAGGAAUUUCUCUGCGAGUUGUUGGAUAAAGUACAGCAAGAACUGGAAUCAGAAGGAACGAAGCGCAGGAUCCUCAUCCCUUUCUCACAGAGGAAGCUCACCAAGCAGGUCCUGAAGGUGGUGAACACCAUUUUUCAUGGGCAGUUGCUUAGUCAGGUCACCUGCAUAACAUGCAACUACAAAUCCAACACUGUUGAACCCUUUUGGGAUCUUUCCCUGGAAUUCCCCGAGCGCUAUCACUCUAUUGAGAAAGGGAUCAUCCCCGUUAACCAGACAGAGUGCAUGCUGACAGAAAUGUUGGCCAAGUUCACCGAGACCGAAGCUCUGGAAGGGAGGAUAUAUGCGUGCGACCAAUGCAACAGCAAACGGCGUAAGUCUUCUCCUAAACCUCUUGUUCUGAGUGAAGCUAAAAAGCAGUUAAUGAUCUACAGGCUACCUCAGGUCCUCCGACUGCACCUUAAACGAUUCAGGUGGUCUGAACGUAAUCACCGUGAGAAGAUUGGGGUCCAUGUCCUCUUUGACCAGGUAUUAAACAUGGAACCUUACUGCUGCAGGGACUCUCUCUCCUCUCUUGACAAAGAGACCUUUGUCUAUGACCUCUCCGCUGUGGUGAUGCAUCACGGGAAAGGGUUUGGCUCAGGACACUACACAGCAUAUUGCUACAACACAGAGGGAGGGUUUUGGGUCCACUGCAAUGACUCCAAACUGAAUGUAUGUAGUGUGGAGGAGGUGUGCAAAACCCAGGCCUACAUUCUUUUUUACACUCAAAGAACAGUGCAGGACAAAGCAAGAAUCUCAGAAAAACAACUCCAAGCUCAGGUGCCGUCCAAAAAUAAUGAUAAGGACAGAAGACUGACAUUCCCAUGA